UAUUUUACAAUUCAUAUAUAUGAUUUUGUCGUUGUAUAUUAUAUUACUACUGGACCAAAGUAAUUUUUAUAAUACGCUUGGAUUUACUGGCAGAUAGCUGGUUAUCAACAAGUGUCAUGGUCAACCGGUUGGCAGUUGUAUGGUCCACAAAAUCAUAUAAAAUUUCAUGCCAAACAAGCACUCGAUAUCAUUUUUGCUUGCUGGUCAUUAUUAUUCACCACCAUCAUUAUCAUCCACAUUUUAUUAAAUUUUGAAUCAACCAAAUUUCGCAGCCAUAACUUAAAUUUUCAUAACUCAUAAUUUCUUAAUUAUUUCUAUUUUUUUUUUUUCCAUUUUUCAAAGAUGACCAAGAAAAACCAAAUCCAUUGGUUGCGACGCCAUUUACUGAAUUUGUUCGCAUCGAUCGACGCAGGAUACGAUUUGCAUUUCAUCCGGGACUACAAAAAAUAUGUCGAUAGACUUGUAAAAUUUGUGGAGAUGUAUGGAACGUUUUACGCAACGGAACACGACGAGUUCAACGCCGUGCAAAAAAAGGUGGAAGCUUUGAUAAACUCACCAGAAAUUUCGUCACAGAUCAAAGAAUCGUUAAGAUCCAAAUUUGAUCGUGCGAAUGAACUUGCUGCGGAUUUUUCAGAGUCAAAAUCAAGAAGAAAACUUGACGAGAAUAAUGACAUUGUGAAAUCAUUACAUGCCAUCCAAAGAGGCGAAAUCUCUUCGGCAUAUUGCUGCAGCAAUGAAUUUCGCGGUUACAUGCCAUUAUAUCGACAUAUCGUUGCUGAUCAUCCGAAUUUAUAUGUCGACGACAGUAUUCCUCAGAAUGAAUCAUCCGAUUUAUCACAGAUUCAAGGCACUUCCCGGAAUUAUCCGAUGGUGGAUCAAUCAACACGCUCUCGGGACAUUCAAAUGUUGAAUGAAAUCGAACCACCUAUUUCUUUGGAACACUCGUACGCUUCUUUGGAUGAACAAUCCAUUCCUUUGGAUGAACAAUCAAUUUCUUCGGAUGAACAAUCCAUUCAUUCGGAUGAUGAUGAUGAUGAAUCCGAAAAUUACGACGAUGUAGAUAUGAUUUAUCUCGACGAAGAAGAACCAUUUGAAGAAGAAUCAUUUGAAGAAGAACAAUUUGAAGGCGAUCCAAUCGAAUUUUUGAUUGAGGUGAAAAAUUCUUUGUCAGACUCGGAAUAUUCCAUCUUUGAAUUUUGGGUGAAAACGAUGAUUAAUGGCCGACUUUUUUUAAAUUUGAGUAGAGCGCUCAUUCGAAACACUUUUCCUGGCUUGAUUAGAUCUAUCCCAUCGGCUAGUAAUAAUCUCAAGGAUUAUAUUGAUCGGAUGUCUAAUUCAUCAUACUUGCAAGAUAAAUUUGCUAUGAUGAAUCCCAACUGCAUCCAACCUGAGGAAUAUGAAUCCACCGAAUGAUCGACCAUAUGUCAAUCUUGUUACUUCAUCACAAAAUUUGGAUAUGGCAUCGUCAUAUUGUUUCUAUUCAAUAUGAUUCAUUUUUGUUUCAUUGUUAUAUAUUGAUCUUCAUACUUAUAAUUUUGAUAAAUAAAAGUUUUUUGUUUAUUGA